CAUGUGCGCGCGUCCGCCCGCCGCCCAGUUCCUGCUCGCGGCGGGGAUGGCAUGGCAUGGCGCCGGAGAUUCUAUAAUCCCUAGCGCGAUUCCGGAUUCCCAUCGUUCGUUUAGGCCGCUCGCUGCUGCUGCCCGAUCGCAUGGGGGGUUCCUUUUCGAUCCCGCUAGGGUUUCUUAUGCGGCACCGCUGACUGAUUGAUCCUGCCGGCUUUUCGUGGUGAUUGCGUUCGCGUCGUCACGGAAUGGGGGAUGCUUGGAGAUGAUUGAUAGGUCGGGGCGCGUUGCUUAGCCGCGUUGGGUGCGGUCGGUUCCUAGAUCUCCUGUCCAAUUCAUGCGUGGUGCGGGUUGCAUUGGGAUGCCAUCGUGUGGGUAGAUGGAGUGGGAAGGGCACUUGCAUUGCAUGGCCUUGCUUUUUUUACAAUUGGGUGUUUCAUACUUCUUUUUUAAUUCUGAGCGACCUUUUGCUGCUCUUCUUUUCCCUCGCUCUUUUUCUUGGAUUUUAUUUCCGCAUUGAGCUGGGAUUUGGGGAAAGUUAUUUGUUUCUGAGAGGGGGCUAGAAUUGGGAAAUUCGUAGUAGGUGGAUUGGCCAAGUGGGCGGAAAGGAGACGAAAAGGCACGACGAAAUGUUGCAACAUGCUGAUGGAGCAAUGGGGGCCUUCUGUGGUUCACAAUUCUUGUUUUUUCGCAGCCACUGUUGGUAGCUGCAUUCUGACGACGUGUGUCCGGGCUUGAUGGAGGCGAAGAGCCAACCGGGCGAGGACAGCAGGCCGGCGGCGCAGCCCGAGCAGGCGACGACGACGUCGAUGGACUCGCCGAGGGCGUCGCAGGCGGCGACGCGCCGCAAGAAGAUGACGAAGCAGGUGACAGGGAAGCGGGACGACACCGCGAUGCACGCGGCGGCGCGCGCCGGGCAGCUCGUCGCCAUGCGGGAGAUGCUGUCCGGCAAGGACACCGAGGAGCUGGCCGCGGUGCUGUCGAGGCAGAACCAGGCCGGGGAGACGCCGCUAUUCGUGGCCGCCGAGUACGGGUACGUGGCCCUGGUGGGCGAGAUGAUCAAGUACCACGACGUCGCCACCGCCAGCAUCAAGGCCCGCAGCGGCUACGACGCGCUCCACAUCGCCGCCAAGCAAGGGGAUGUAGACAUCGUGAGGGAGCUGCUGCAGGCGCUGCCGCAGCUGUCGAUGACGGUGGACGCGUCGAACACGACGGCGCUGAACACGGCGGCGACGCAGGGGCACAUGGACGUGGUGAAGCUCCUGCUGCAGGUGGACGGGAGCCUGGCGCUGAUCGCGCGGAGCAACGGCAAGACGGCGCUGCACUCGGCGGCGCGGAACGGGCACGUGGAGGUGGUGCGCGCUCUGGUGGAGGCGGAGCCCAGCAUCGCGCUGCGCACGGACAAGAAGGGGCAGACCGCGCUGCACAUGGCCGCCAAGGGCACCAGGCUGGACCUCAUCGACGCGCUCCUCGCCGCCGAGCCGGCGCUGCUCAACCAGACGGACACCAAGGAGAACACCGUGCUGCACAUCGCCGCGCGCAAGGCGCGUCCCGAGAUCAUAAAGCGGCUGCUCGCAAUGCCGGACGCGAACCUGAACGCGAUCAACCGGUCCCGCGAGACCCCGCUGGACACGGCGGAGAAGAUGGGCAACACCGAGGUGGCCGAGCUGCUGGCGGAGCACGGUGUGCAGUCGGCGCGCGCCAUCAACCCCGGCGGCGGCGGCGGCGGCAAGCAGGCGCGGGAGCUGAAGCAGCAGGUGAGCGACAUCAAGCACGAGGUGCACUCGCAGCUGGAGCAGACGCGGCAGACGCGGGUGCGCAUGCAGGGCAUCGCGAAGCGCAUCAACAAGCUGCACGAGGAGGGGCUGAACAAUGCCAUCAACUCGACGACGGUGGUGGCCGUGCUGAUCGCGACGGUGGCGUUCGCGGCCAUCUUCACGGUGCCCGGCGAGUACGUGCAGGACCCGAGCAGCCUGGCGCCCGGGCAGCAGCUGGGCGAGGCCAACAUCUCCCAUGAGACGGCGUUCAUCAUCUUCUUCGUCUUCGACUCGGUGUCGCUCUUCAUCUCGCUGGCCGUGGUGGUGGUGCAGACGUCGGUGGUGGUGAUCGAGCGCAAGGCCAAGAAGCAGAUGAUGGCGGUGAUCAACAAGCUCAUGUGGGUGGCGUGCGUGCUCAUUAGCGUCUCGUUCCUGGCGCUGUCGUUCGUGGUGGUGGGGCGCACCGAGCGGUGGCUGGCCGUGUCCGUCACCAUCAUGGGCGGCACCAUCCUGGUGACCACCAUCGGCACCAUGCUCUACUGGGUGAUCGCGCACCGGGUCGAGGCCAGGCGGAUGCGCAGCAAUAAGCGCGCCUCGCUCAGCCGCUCCCGCUCCUUCUCCAACUCCGGCAUGUCGGAGAGCGAGUGGAUCGAGGAGGAUUACAAGAGGAUGUACGCAAUCUGACCACCUGUGCGGCUGUGCUGGCAGGAUUUCUCAUCCGUGCAUGACCGACCAUGGCCGGCCAAGUUGCCGUGCCGCGAGCCGGGCUAACAUUUUCGUUUUCCAGUAGCUAGAUCUCGAUUUUUUUAUAUGGAAGCUAGAUCUCAAUUAGUA